GCCCGGUACUUGGUGAGAGAGGAAAUAGAAUUUCGGUGAAGGAGAGAGAGAGAGAGAGAGGGAGAGAGAGAGAGAGAGAGGGGAUCGCGAUGGAGAUGGGAAGCCUAUUCGACAACUCGAAGGAGCUCGAUCGGCUAAGGAAAGAGCAGGAAGAUGUUCAUGGCGAGAUCGAUAAGAUCCAUAAAAAGCUCCAAUCCAAUCCAGAGGUAGUGACUGAAAAAUUGGGGGAUAAUUUAUUGUCGAAGCUCCGAUCGUUAUAUGUUCAAGCAAAAGAACUUUCGGAAAAUGAAGCGAAUGUUUCAAAUGCCCUGAUGAGUCAAUUGGAUGCUCUGCUGCAGUCUGGACUUUCAGCAGCCCAGCGGAAAAAGAUAGAAGUUAAUGAGCAGAAAAAGAAAAGGAUGAAGGCUGAUUCAGAGAUCCCAAGGUUUUCUCCAGCUGGUUCCAUGCGAAGCCAACUCGAGCAAGCCGCUAGUCUCAAGGGAGAGCAGGUAGCAGCUCGUGUCACACAUGAUGAUGCAGAAAAGGAUGAGUGGUUUGUUGUGAAAGUGAUGCACUUUGAUAGGGAGGCAAAAGUGUUCGAAGUACUUGAUGAGGAACCUGGUGAUGACGAAGAGAGCACCCAAAAAAAAUACAAAUUGCCUAUGACUCGCAUUAUUCCUUUUCCAAAGCGAGGGGAUCCUUCUAGCACACAAGAUUUCCCACUUGGCAGACCUGUUUUGGCAGUCUAUCCUGGAACUACAGCACUGUAUAAGGCGACGGUGGUCAAUAACCGUAAGGACAAUUAGCCACUUGCUCUAAAAGCUCGAACUGAUAGAGAGUGGUGAAUAAAUUCCUUUAUCUCAUAGCCCAAGCCCCACAUCCCAUGGGUUAGGACGUCGGCCGACCCCUCCUCGUGGGCCCCACUUCACAUGGGCCUGCCUCACACGAGCCACCCACCUCACACGGGCCACCCACUCCAAGUGUGUCCCCGCAUCCCACAGGCUACCCCACUCGAGCCCGGUUUGAAAAUGCCCCUGCAUUACCUUUCCUUUAACAUUGCUUGCUUUAUUGAUGCCUAGGAAGGGUGGAAUAUAUAGAAGAUGAGUGCAAAUGUUAGAGUCAUUAACAAAAUCAUGAUUAAAUAUCUUUUUCCUAUCCUUAGACUUGAUGAUAUGCUAAACAUAAUGUCUAAAGUCACAAUCUUCUCAAAGAUCAAUUUGAGGAGUGGUUAUCAUUAUAUUAGAAUUUGGCGACAACGUACAAGAUUUAAGAUGGGUUAUAUGAGUGGUUUAUUCAUGCCUUUGGGGCUAUGCAAUGCUCCCAACGUUCUCAUGCAUGUUAUGACAGAUCUUGUGGUCUCUCUUUGGCAACUUUGGAGGACAUCUUUUCUAUAUCUUCACACGGGGAUCAUUAAGUCAUCCAUGAGGAUCAUUUAGGUCAUCUCUGACUUGUGAUGAGAGUACCGCACCAAGAAAUGCUCUACAUGGACCUCAAGAAAUGUACUUCCAUGCGUCUUGGCUUGGUUUUUGUAGGACUUUUAGAGUAACUUCUAGAGGAGUCGAGGCUUUCCGAUAAAAAGGUAUACUAGAUUGGGUGAUUCCGCAACAGGCUACAAAAGAUAUGCAAUUCCAUGGCCCAAUUCUACAAUGUUCAUUAGAAACUUUAGUACUGUCCUAGCUCCUAUUACAAAGCGUAGGAAAUCUGGUCCUUUACGGAGAUAAAGGUCAAAAUGAUAGAAAUCCCACACUACGACUUCCCGACUUAAAUAAGUUUUUUGAAGUUACGUGUGAUGCAUCUCAUGCAGGCAUUGGUGGAAGGAUAAAUUGCAUGACUAAAACCCUUUU